UUUCGCCCAUCAGUUGGGGGAAUGAAUGGGGAGUCGGUGGGUUUCGUUGAGAGAUCGCGCGGAGCCGUGGGACCGAUUUAAAGCGCCAAUUUUAUUUAUUUGUUGUCGGACUGUGUUUUUUUUAAAUCCCCCCACCGGGUUGUUCGUGUGUGUGCGCGCUUUUCGUAGCUGAGGUGUUGCCGACGGAGACGAUGGCUGAGCUGGUGCAACGCCUGGGCGCCUGUUUCCCGGCCUGUCAGUCCAGCCAGAGCGAGCGGGCUCAGCGCCGGAGGAGCCGGGAGAUCGACGCCUUACUGGCCCGGGAGAGGCGCUACGUCCGGCGGUUGGUCAAGAUCCUACUGCUCGGGGCCGGCGAGAGCGGCAAAAGCACUUUUCUCAAACAGAUGAGGAUCAUUCACGGCAAAGACUUCGACAGCAAAGCCCUGGAGGAGUUCCGGGACACCAUCUUCGAGAAUGUUAUUAAGGGUAUGAAGGUGUUGGUGGAUGCAAGGAGCAAGCUGGGCAUUCCCUGGGAAAAUACUGAAAACGAGAAGCAUGGAAUGUUUGUCAUGGCAUUUGAAAACAAAUGUGGCAUGCCAGUAGAGCCAGCCACAUUUCAAUUGUAUGUGCCAGCACUGAGGGCACUCUGGCAAGAUUCAGGAAUCAAGGAAGCAUACAACAGAAGACGAGAGUUUCAGCUGGGUGAAUCUGUGAAGUAUUUUCUGGAUAACCUUGACCAAAUUGGACAACUGAGUUAUCUUCCCAGCAGACAUGAUGUCCUGCUUGCAAGAAAAGCCACCAAAGGAAUUGUGGAGCACGAUUUUGUCAUUAAAGGCAUUCCUUUCAAAAUGGUAGAUGUGGGUGGUCAACGGUCACAGAGGCAGAAAUGGUUUCAGUGCUUCGAUGGCAUUACAUCCAUUCUGUUCAUGGCUUCUUCCAGUGAAUUUGACCAAGUCCUGAUGGAAGACCGGCGGACAAACCGCCUGGUAGAAUCAAUGAAUAUCUUUGAGACAAUUGUAAACAACAAAUUGUUUUCUUCUGUCUCCAUUAUUUUGUUCCUCAACAAAAUGGACUUGCUUGUGGGGAAGGUGAAAACCGUCAACAUUAAGAAAUAUUUCCCGAACUUUGAGUGGGACCCUCACAAGCUGGAGGAUGUACAAAAAUACCUGGUGCAAUGCUUCAACAACAAGCGACGAGAUCGCACCAAACCACUGUUCCACCACUUCACAACAGCUAUUGACACGGAAAACAUUCGGUUUGUAUUCCAUGCAGUGAAAGACACUAUUCUGCAGGAGAAUUUGAAAGAUGUGAUGUUGCAAUGAAGAAAUGUAGUGAGAUCAUCAUUGGACUUUGUUGUGCUCUUUGGUAUUUCCUCAGCCAUCAGCACUGGGUUCAUGAGCUCAGAGUUGCUGAUAGUUUUGGUCAUGGGUAUAAAAUAGACGUUAUGGAUUACAUGAAAACAUGAUGCUUGACAGCAUCUUAUUGGAAGUGCUCAUAAGUGUCCUUUUCACUUCUAUACAAUUGCUCAGACAUCAGAACAAUAGUGAACAAUAGUUUUAGACAUUUGUUGCACUAAGGCCUCUUUUCUGGUUAUGUUUGGUAAAGUUGGGUGACUGAACCAUGUAUUGCAAUCUAUUGAGCUCCAUGUACCAAAAUGGCAUACAACUCAAGGGUGCUUGCAUGGAAGUCUGCAUCAAUUAAAGUUUCAGGGAAAGUUUAUUAUCCAAAUUACUUCAUGGACACGAGCCCUCCCUGGAAUUCAACUAUUUAAUACAGCCAAAUGCAAACAGGAUCUGGAGUCCGAAGUCACUCUUGGCAGAGAGUGUGGAUGGCACACCCAGAAAUGGUGAUCCUCCUUUGCUUUAUAGCUUUUCAGGGAGAAUGCUGCAAAAAGCUACAAAAACGGCUACUAUUACAGCAGUGCUAAUUUGCUAGACAUUUGGGACUGCAACGUAAAGGACCUGGCAUGACAGUUUAUUUCAUUGUUCUUGUAAACCUUUUCACAAUCAAGUAUGACAGUGCAGGAGUUUAUGGUACAGCCUGCUUUGUUGUGAAUGUGUUUGUUACUGACAGCUAUUAUAAUUAAAAUUCCUUUAUGGCCAUAUCUGACUUGUGUGUAGAGCAUUCAUAGAAUGCCUUACAAAUUAAGUUUGAUGAAGUCAUGGAAACAUGCUGUCUGGAGUGCUGUUCAAAACUCCGUUUUUAUCUGAAAACAGGUCAAAAUCACACUAACCUUUAGCAUGUUGCAUAUUGAUUUUUGUUUUUCAAAUAGAUUCUCAGCAGUGUAAAGAUUUUCAAAUGAAAUCUUAAUCCAAAUGGGCUGUGCACCCUUUUGUAGCACAGUUGGUUUUGGAAAUGAGUCACAGGCGUGGAGUUGCUCUUUUGAAGUAAGUGGCUGCUGCCACUAAGCAUUACAAGAGGAGUCUUGAAAACAGAAGUAAGUGACAUAGACUUCAGUUACAUUUUUCAUAGCACCACAAUUAGUACGCAUAGCUGAUUCGAAAUCCUUCAUGUAUCUGGACUUUGGGCUUUUUCUUACUGUCGCAAAAUGGCUAAUAUCUUUCUUCUAAGUCUCCAGGUUUAAUAUCUGGUUUAAUUGAAUAUCUUAUGCAACACACUAACAGGAUAAAUGCAGCAGGUUCAAAUUGGAGAUGAAAGUACUGAGUGUUUCAUGUCUUUGACUUAUCUGUAGUUUUAAGCACUUUUUUGUUUAGAUUUGUACUGGCACUAUUAAGUUUGUCUGGUUAGAUCUUGAACUUGUUAGAUAUUAUUUCACUUCCUUCUGAAAAUUCAAAUUUUAACUUAAAGUGUGGUCAGUAAAUUCCAAAAUUAUCAUGGAGCAUCACAAUUAAAUUCAGUGCUAAUUUGUCUAACAAAUGGUAUAACCUGUAAGAAGCAUUUUCAGCAAUAAAGAGGCAGCAACGCUCAGCCUCAUUUUUGUUGCUGGUUAUUACAUAUAGGUUUAAACUACCCUGCUACAAGGAAAGUAGAAAUGAUGAGUUUGAAUAAUUGGUUAAUUUUUUUGUAACCUGAGCAGCUGGUUUUCACCUGAGAUUGAAGUCAAUUGGAGGCAAUUGGCAGCACUGUGAGAGGCAUUUUUAUUUUAAAUGGUUAAUGCACAACAAAGGUAAAUAUGUUAAACUGUUUAAAAGGAGUGGCUUAACACUGAUGUUAAAAUUAGCCCAGGUACUCAGUGCAUCAUAAGAAAUGUUGCUUUUUUAAAAUCAUUUUCACCAAUCAAUUUCAGAACUCGAGAAACUUCCAGUGAAUUUCAGUUGUGACAUUCAUCUGAAAACUACAAAACUGCCAACCCAUGCAAUGUGAUUCUCAUGCAAUUUGUUAGUGCAUUCUUUUUCAGCUGCACGUUGAUAUUUUCUGCUUUUUAUCGUUAUCCUUCACUGACUAUUUAAAAUGAAUGUGGAAGAUAUUUUUCAAUUUUCUUUUUUGAAUUGAUUUUCUAUGAUCUUCACAUGGAAAAUAAUUUCUCUCCUCCUCUUCUCCCCCCUCCAAUGAUUAACUUUCUUGACUUGAGAUUCCCUGGGAAAUCUAAGCAAAAUUAAACCAAAUCAGAAUUAGAGUGUCAAAUCUUUUGAGCAGGUCUCCCGGUGAAAACGUGUUUUUUAAACUGGUAAUGUUUCCCAUUUUUCAAAUCAUCUUCAUGUCUACUGACCUUAGUCAAAGAAUUACCCUGCAUGUGGCAUCUUCUCCUCAAACAAGUUCUUGUGAAAUGAACUCGUUCAAAUGUUUUCCCUCUGCACUGUUUCAAUCUUUAAGAACCAGAAGAACGUGAUGUAGUUUAAAACAAGCCAGAAUUAAUUUAUAUAGAAUGAGGUGUGUGUAUAUUUAUAAGCUUUAAGGUUUGCAUGAUUUGUAUUUUGUGUAAUGUGCACUUAACCACCUUUGAAAUACUCGGAGUAAAACAUACUUGGCAAAUGAUCCUUUUUGGAUCAAUAGGGAUUUUUUUUUUGCCCUUCUCUUUCUCUCUUCCUCCUCCUCCUUCCUACCAAGUCCCCAGAUGCUUAAAACAGUAAAUAGUUACACCAUCUGUUUAAUCCUCCUAUUUUUACACAGCACAGUACAAACUGUUUGGGACGACCAGCCUUAUUGGCAGAAGAAUUUAUUCAUAAUGGGGGCUUAAUUUGGUGGUCAUUCCACUGUGUAGGUCUCCCUUGGCCUUAUUCUUGUUUUUAAGGGUAUUUGUAUAAAACUGAAAUGACAUGAAAAGCAAGUUUAGGGCUUUCAAGAAUCGAGAUGGUAUUUUUUGUUAUGGUUAAGAUAGAUGGAUUGAUACAGUCUCUGGUACUGGCCUGUUGCUUAACACUUUGUGUCACGUACCAGCUUUUUCAAUUGCCUUCUCUGGUAUGUUGUGAACUCAUUUCUUUGCUGAUGCAAUACUAGCACUUCACUGUUGGCCCGUGCCUGAUUUAGCUGAUGCAGACUGUUUUGUGGCACAAUGUAGUAUUGGCUGUUUUUAAGAUAGUUUAUUCUCCCCAUUGUAUAGUUUGAAAUUCCUGUUCCUUUUAUGCCCACAUUGUUUUAUUUCUCUUUCCCUGCGCAAAAAACUCUUACCUCUGCAAAAGUCCACUUAGCUUCAGUUGCUAAUGGCUGGCAUUGAGCCAAAUGACCUGGGGUAGAAUUUCUGUGGGAUUUCUUCUCAUCUCCUGCCUUAAGAUCAGUGGAAACCCUGUAGAAUUGGCAUAAAAGACAGUUUACACCAUUUCACCGAAGUUAAAGUGGGUAAUCAGGGGAGUAUCUGCUGAAAUUCUAUUCCAUAGCUUCUGAGCAUGCAGCAAGAUCCUUUUAAGUUGUAUAAGCUGUUUUCCCAAAGUACUUCCCAUAAGAACUUGCUAAGCAGCAGAUUCCAAUUACAGGUUGUUUUGCUAGAAAAAACAGUUGAACCUAGUUGAAAUCUUAUUACUUCAGUGUGCAUUCAUUUCAUUCCAGAACAUUUUGCUAGGUUUCAUUUACUGCAUUUACAUGAAAUUUAAAUAAAUUCUGCUCUUGAAAUUUAAUUUGUUUAUCAUUUGCAGGCAUGUUGCAAAGCUUCUUGUCCAGCACAAUCCAAUACUGCUCUUUCAAUUAACCUCCCGUUGUGUCGCCUCUCCUGGGUCUAAUUUUAGGUCAAUCCAAAUUAUUUAAAGUUAUUCUGGAUUGAUAUUUGUUAUGAAUUGUAUCGCCUCGUUAAUUCAGUUAACUAAACUUUGGGAUUGAAAAUACAAAUGUCACCAUUUGUAUUUUCAAUUCACAAUUUGUAUCCGCAUUAUAGAAAUGAACAUUUUAAUGCAGUCAGAGAUGGAUUUUUAACCACCAAGUUCAGUUUCACAGGAAUUGCAAUGGAGCUCCAGUAAUUUUUUUACAAAUCUGUCAGAGGGAAACGAGUUGUCAUUUAAUUGUUCAUUAGUAUUUGGUUAACGAGAUUGCUCUUAACAGCACUAAUCAAGGACUGACAUGUAUCUUAAAGGUUUUAUGUAAACCAAUUUUAAUUUUGUAAUGUCAUUGAUAACGCAACUCACUUUUCAGUGUAUUGGAGAAUGUUCAGAGAAAAUUGAUAUGUGAUUCUGGGACAUAGAGAUUUAAGUUGUGAAGCUCAGAGUUGCUAAAGUAAUCUCCUUCCACUGGAGGAAAAUAUUGAGAAGGGAUUCUAAUUUCUAGAUUUUAAUAUGCUGAGAGGCAUGGUUGGUGUGGAUGAACGGUUGUUUAACAGCAAAUAGAUCUUGGAACUGAAUUGUACGGAUGAGGCUUGAGCUCCAAGAAUUCCAACCUCCAACACUCAGCAGCUGAGUGUUGGAUAAAUGGAGUGGAUUCUUAACUUCUCAGUUGUUGCUAAUAUGAUGAACUUGGAAAAAUAAUGCAGCCUGAAUGUCCAGUUAUAAAAGAAGAAAACUUGCAUUUAGAGAGUGCUUUUCACCACCUCUGGUCAUCCCAAAGCACUUUGAAGGUGUUGCCACUGUUGUAAUGUAUGAAAUGUGGUCACCAAUUUACAAAUCUCAAGGUCCCAUAAACAGCAAUGAGAUAAUGAGCCAGUACACUCUCCUUUUAAAGUGACGUUGGUUGAGGGAUUUAUAUUGGCCAGAAUGGUACCGUGGGGUCUUUUGCAUUCACCUGAGAGGGCAGACAGAGCCUCGGGUUAACAAUUUAAUCAGAAAGGCACCUCUGACAGUACAACUUGCCCUCAGUACUGCGCUGGAGUGGCAGUUUAUAUUUUUGUUCGUGUCUCUGGAGCGGGAUUUGAACCCAUAGCCAUCUGACCCUGAGAGCUACCACUAGACAGACUGGAUGUUAUUACAAUAAUUGGAGGUUUUGAAUUACUGUCUGCUUAGAUAUUGUAAAGAAACUGUGCAGAGCAAUCAGUAUAUCAUCUGUGGAAUGCAUCAGCUUGGGGUUGAGCAGUGUCUAAAGUUCUUGCUCAGUUGCCUUGCAGCAGGAAAGAGAAGAAUAGGUUGUGGAGAAGUUUCAUCUUCAGUCAUUCACCUGCAAGUUUGAGGUGAAUCAGGAUAGUGCUCAUCAUGUGGUACAUACAUAGAUGUUUGUAUUGAAAUACUAAAUGGAUCACACUGUAUGCUGCUUUAACCCUGUAAAUGCAGAAUUGUAAAAUGAGAGCAAAAUAGUUGUUGAAUUUGUACAAGCCAAAUCCAGCCCAGUGCUCCUCCAGUUUUAACACAAUUAUAUUUCUGGGUAAAAGUUAACAACUAUUGGCACUAGAAUACAUGACUGCCAGCUAAUGGCACAUUUUGGUAUCCUAAUGUGCAUAGAUCAUGAAAAAGAUGGCAGCUUUAUUUUUAUUUGGAAUUUUUAUUUUUACUAAUAAGCUGCACAUAAAUUGCUUUGUUACACAUCCUGUCCUGUGCUGUAGUGUAAAAGGGGUCGAAAACAAUCGGCAAGGCAGCGUGCACAGGAUUCUGUAUAAAGGAGGCAGUUGGAAAUGUGUGUAAUUUCUUUCCAUGGUUUCAGGAUUAUAUUUGACUCUCAAUAUUGAGUGCCUUUUUAAUUGCACAAAUCCCUAUCCACCUACAUACAACGUUUAUUUAAAGGAAUAUUCUGUUCUUGCAUAUCAGGAAAAACUUCUUUUGCCAUUUAUUUGCCACCUUUUAUUUCCUCAGGAUGUCCUAAAGUGCCAACUAAUUAAAUACUAUUUCAAAUAUUGCCACUAUUGUCAGGUUAGAAAACAUGACAGUCACUUUGCACAAAGCCAGGUGCCACAAACAGCAGUGAGGUGAGUAAACAGUUGAUUUAAUUUUGAUUUUGGUUGUUUUCAAAGAGAAAUAUUGGCAGGACAUUUAAAAAAAACUCACCAUUAUUCUCCGAAUGGUGGUGUAGGAUCUAUUACAUUCACCUGUAGAAGUAGUCAAGUCUCUGAAAGAUGACACCUCAGGCAAUGCAGCAUUCUGUCAGUACUACACUUGUCAAUUUUGGUUGUAUGCAGUGGGACUUCAAUCAACCAACUAAGAUGACUAUGCUACCAAUUGAGCCAAGGUGAGACUUAGCAUUCUCGCUACCCCUUGAAAGCUGAAAAAUGCAAAGGAAUCUUGCACUGAUAAAUUAAUGGUUGUUCAUUAUAUAUUAUAGGUAUAAUAUAACUAUUGUAGAUAUUUGCCUACCUGUCACAUUAAUCCUAAUCCCUCUGCCGUUUUAAACGAGGUUUUUAUAUUCUCAUUUGAAAGAUAAAGCUUCCAUUUGUAAAACCUUGAGUUCUCUUUAGUGAUGGGCACCUGCAGAGUCUGCAAUACAGCCAAAGUCUAUAAAAAUAAAAGUAGAUGGGUUAUGUACUUGUUAAUUAAAAAUCACUUUCCUUUAUCUUUAACAUGAUUGUUUCCACGAUAACUAAUGUCUCUGUAGCUGAAUGUCAAGCUUGAGCAAUUGGUGCAUCGAAGAUAACCCUACCCCAACCCACUUUGUAUAGAGGAAGAAGUUUUUAAAUUUAAAAAAAAGUUAAAAUAUGAAGGAAAGGAACAAGAUUUAGUAUUAAUUUUGUAUAUUUUUUCUAAUCCAGACUGAUUUACAUAAUCAUGCAGUGGUUGCUAGUAUAUUGGGCAAAUUGAGAAAAUGCUAAGGGCAUUCAGAGCUCAUAGGGUUAGCUGUUGCUGCCUGACACCCUAGAGAAUAAGCUUUAAUUUCAUUUAUGUUCCUUGAAGAAAAUCAUUCUACAGAAUCAACGCAGUGAAACACUUUUAGCAUCUCAUAUACUUAAUGGACACGGUAAUACUAACUAUCAAGCUUUACUCACAGGGUUUGAAUUAGAUACAAGUAAAGAAAUAAAGACAAAGCAUGUAAACACUUGAUGCCUUUGUUAACUGUAUAAAUUGUAUUUUAGCUCAAAUUGCUUUCUAUUGCAUUUUAUGUAUAUAUGAUUUUAUAAAUAUUAAAGUGUACUUUAUGUGGAGUGUAGUUGCCUGUAUUUAAUGUCUUCUAUUUGUAUAAUUCUGUACUUUUGAGGUGCUGAAUAGUGGGAUAUAGUUUUUUUGCCAAACACUUGACACAUGGAAUGCAAUAUUAGUUUUAUCCAGAAACGAGCUUCACUAUGUUUCAGUCCCAACUCACCAAACCUGCAUCCUUUGCAACCACAUCCUUUAUAUGUCUCUCUGCAAGUACCGUGUAACCUGGAAAACAUUAUGUACUCUAUUUUGUAUUCUAACAUAUUUUGAGAAAGCGUGUAAACUCUUGUACAACCUGAUAAUAAAAAAAAUUGAAAAA